AUUUGUGCAGUGCGACGGGAGGGUCCCUGCAAAGGGCUCCCUGCCCACCACCAUCCAACCCCCAACUCCCCACUCUGGGGUAGUAUCUGACCUUCCAAAGGACCGCUUCUCCCCCUUGAACUUCACUGGUUGGCAUUGUGCAAUCCUGGGAGCUGAGAGACUGACGCGGUGUGUGUCACAGAUCCCAGGUUGGGGCAUGGCUGCAGGAGGACCGAGGGGCCUGAAGCGUGGGGCUGCCACAAAUUCCUGCUGCUACUCUGCUGUUGUUCCCUAACCCUAACUCUUCACAAAGUCCAAAGGAUUCCCGGACAGCAAGCAACGGCAAGCUCUGAGCAGGCACGGCCUGGGUCUGGUUGGCUGUCUUCUGUACCCUGGCACCCUGGCAAGGCCAGCACCUGGAGAUCCUCCGGGAAUGGCCGGAGUAUUUCCUUACCGAGGGCCGGGUAACCCGGUGCCCGGCCCUCUAGCCCCGUUGCCAGACUACAUGUCGGAGGAGAAGCUGCAGGAGAAAGCCCGAAAAUGGCAGCAAUUACAGGCCAAGCGCUAUGCAGAAAAGCGGAAGUUUGGAUUUGUGGAUGCUCAGAAGGAAGACAUGCCCCCAGAACACGUUAGGAAGAUCAUUCGAGACCAUGGAGACAUGACCAACAGGAAGUUCCGCCAUGACAAAAGGGUCUACUUGGGUGCCCUAAAGUAUAUGCCCCAUGCAGUACUGAAACUCCUGGAGAACAUGCCUAUGCCUUGGGAGCAGAUUCGAGAUGUGCCUGUGCUGUACCACAUCACUGGAGCCAUUUCUUUUGUCAAUGAGAUUCCCUGGGUCAUUGAGCCUGUCUACAUCUCCCAGUGGGGGUCAAUGUGGAUUAUGAUGCGCCGUGAAAAAAGAGACAGGAGGCAUUUCAAGAGGAUGCGUUUCCCCCCUUUUGAUGAUGAAGAGCCACCUUUGGAUUAUGCUGACAACAUCCUAGAUGUUGAGCCACUGGAGGCCAUUCAGCUAGAGCUGGACCCUGAAGAGGAUGCCCCUGUAUUGGAUUGGUUCUAUGACCACCAGCCACUGAGGGACAGCCGGAAGUAUGUGAAUGGCUCCACUUACCAGCGCUGGCAGUUCACACUGCCCAUGAUGUCCACUCUCUAUCGCCUGGCCAAUCAGCUCCUGACAGACUUAGUAGAUGACAACUAUUUCUAUCUGUUUGAUUUGAAGGCCUUCUUUACCUCCAAGGCACUCAAUAUGGCCAUUCCUGGAGGCCCCAAAUUUGAACCUCUUGUUCGAGACAUCAACCUCCAGGAUGAAGACUGGAAUGAAUUCAAUGAUAUUAACAAGAUCAUCAUCCGGCAGCCUAUCCGCACUGAAUACAAGAUUGCUUUCCCUUACCUGUACAACAAUCUUCCACACCAUGUCCACCUCACCUGGUACCAUACUCCUAACGUUGUGUUCAUCAAAACUGAGGAUCCUGAUCUGCCAGCUUUCUACUUUGAUCCUUUAAUCAACCCAAUUUCUCAUAGGCACUCUGUCAAGAGCCAGGAACCGUUGCCUGAUGAUGAUGAGGAGUUUGAGCUCCCAGAGUUUGUGGAGCCCUUCCUGAAGGACACACCCCUCUACACAGACAAUACAGCCAAUGGCAUUGCCCUCCUCUGGGCCCCACGGCCCUUCAACCUACGCUCUGGUCGCACCCGCCGGGCCCUGGAUAUUCCCCUUGUCAAGAACUGGUAUCGAGAGCAUUGUCCUGCUGGGCAGCCUGUGAAAGUGAGAGUCUCCUACCAGAAACUGCUUAAGUACUAUGUGCUGAAUGCCCUGAAGCACCGGCCCCCUAAAGCCCAAAAGAAGAGAUACCUGUUCCGUUCCUUCAAAGCCACCAAAUUCUUUCAGUCCACGAAGCUGGACUGGGUGGAGGUGGGGCUACAGGUUUGCCGCCAGGGCUACAACAUGCUCAACCUUCUCAUUCACCGUAAAAACCUCAACUAUCUGCACCUGGAUUACAACUUCAAUCUUAAGCCUGUCAAGACCCUCACCACCAAGGAAAGAAAGAAAUCUCGUUUUGGGAAUGCUUUCCAUCUGUGUCGAGAAGUUCUGCGUUUAACUAAGCUGGUGGUAGACAGUCAUGUGCAGUAUCGUUUGGGCAAUGUGGAUGCCUUCCAGCUGGCAGAUGGGUUGCAGUAUAUCUUUGCCCAUGUGGGGCAGCUGACGGGCAUGUACCGCUACAAGUACAAGCUGAUGCGGCAGAUUCGCAUGUGCAAGGACCUGAAACAUCUCAUCUAUUACCGCUUCAACACGGGCCCUGUAGGGAAGGGCCCUGGCUGUGGCUUCUGGGCUGCAGGCUGGCGGGUCUGGCUGUUUUUCAUGCGUGGCAUCACCCCUUUGUUGGAGCGGUGGCUAGGCAACCUCCUGGCCCGACAGUUUGAAGGCCGACACUCUAAGGGGGUGGCAAAGACUGUAACAAAGCAGCGAGUGGAGUCACAUUUUGACCUUGAGCUUCGGGCAGCUGUGAUGCAUGACAUUCUGGACAUGAUGCCUGAGGGAAUUAAACAGAACAAGGCGCGGACGAUCCUGCAGCACCUCAGUGAAGCCUGGCGCUGCUGGAAGGCCAACAUUCCCUGGAAGGUACCUGGGCUUCCAACACCCAUAGAGAAUAUGAUCCUUCGAUAUGUGAAGGCCAAGGCUGAUUGGUGGACUAACACUGCCCACUACAACCGAGAACGGAUCCGCCGUGGAGCCACUGUGGACAAGACUGUUUGCAAAAAGAACCUGGGCCGCCUCACUCGGCUCUACCUGAAGGCAGAACAAGAGCGGCAGCACAACUACCUGAAGGAUGGGCCGUACAUCACAGCAGAGGAGGCGGUGGCAGUGUAUACCACCACUGUGCACUGGCUGGAGAGCCGGAGGUUCUCACCCAUCCCGUUCCCCCCACUCUCCUACAAGCAUGAUACCAAGUUGCUCAUCUUGGCCUUGGAGCGGCUCAAAGAAGCUUACAGUGUGAAGUCUCGGUUAAACCAGUCUCAGAGGGAGGAGCUAGGUCUGAUCGAGCAAGCCUAUGACAACCCCCAUGAGGCAUUGUCCCGCAUCAAACGUCACCUCCUCACUCAGAGAGCCUUUAAAGAAGUGGGCAUUGAGUUCAUGGAUCUCUAUAGCCACUUGGUGCCGGUUUAUGAUGUGGAGCCACUGGAGAAGAUCACUGACGCCUACCUGGACCAGUACCUGUGGUAUGAAGCUGACAAGCGCCGCCUUUUCCCACCGUGGAUCAAGCCUGCUGACACAGAACCACCCCCUCUGCUUGUUUACAAGUGGUGCCAAGGCAUCAAUAAUCUGCAGGAUGUGUGGGAGACAAGUGAGGGUGAGUGCAAUGUCAUGCUGGAAUCACGCUUUGAAAAGAUGUAUGAAAAGAUCGACUUGACCCUGCUUAAUAGGCUGCUGCGACUCAUCGUAGACCACAACAUAGCCGACUACAUGACUGCCAAGAACAACGUGGUCAUCAACUAUAAGGACAUGAACCAUACAAAUUCUUACGGGAUCAUCAGAGGCCUGCAGUUUGCCUCAUUCAUUGUGCAGUACUAUGGCCUGGUGAUGGAUUUGCUUGUGUUGGGAUUACAUCGGGCCAGUGAGAUGGCUGGGCCCCCUCAGAUGCCAAAUGACUUUCUCAGUUUCCAGGAUAUAGCCACCGAGGCUGCCCACCCCAUCCGUCUCUUCUGCAGAUACAUUGAUCGCAUACAUAUUUUCUUCAGGUUCACAGCAGAUGAGGCUCGGGACCUGAUCCAGCGUUACCUGACAGAGCAUCCUGAUCCCAACAAUGAAAAUAUCGUUGGCUAUAAUAACAAGAAGUGCUGGCCCCGAGAUGCCCGCAUGCGCCUCAUGAAGCAUGAUGUCAACUUGGGUCGGGCAGUGUUCUGGGACAUCAAGAACCGUCUGCCACGAUCAGUGACUACAGUUCAGUGGGAGAACAGCUUCGUAUCUGUGUACAGUAAGGACAACCCCAACCUGCUGUUCAACAUGUGUGGCUUUGAGUGCCGCAUCCUGCCUAAAUGCCGCACCAGCUAUGAGGAGUUCACUCACAAGGAUGGGGUCUGGAACCUACAGAAUGAGGUUACUAAAGAGCGGACAGCUCAGUGUUUCCUGCGAGUGGAUGAUGAGUCAAUGCAGCGUUUCCACAACCGCGUGCGUCAGAUUCUGAUGGCCUCUGGCUCCACCACCUUCACCAAGAUUGUGAAUAAGUGGAACACCGCUCUUAUUGGCCUUAUGACAUAUUUUCGGGAAGCUGUAGUGAACACCCAGGAGCUCCUGGACUUGCUAGUGAAGUGUGAGAACAAGAUCCAGACACGUAUCAAGAUUGGCCUCAAUUCCAAGAUGCCGAGUCGUUUCCCUCCUGUUGUGUUCUAUACCCCUAAGGAGUUGGGUGGACUUGGCAUGCUCUCAAUGGGCCAUGUACUCAUCCCCCAGUCUGACCUCAGGUGGUCCAAGCAGACAGAUGUAGGUAUCACACACUUUCGUUCAGGAAUGAGCCAUGAAGAAGACCAGCUGAUUCCCAACUUGUACCGCUACAUACAACCAUGGGAGAGCGAGUUCAUUGAUUCUCAGAGGGUCUGGGCUGAGUAUGCACUGAAGAGACAAGAGGCCAUUGCUCAGAACAGACGACUGACCUUAGAAGAUCUAGAGGAUUCAUGGGAUCGUGGCAUUCCUCGAAUCAACACCCUUUUCCAGAAGGACCGGCACACGUUGGCGUAUGAUAAAGGCUGGCGUGUUCGAACUGACUUUAAGCAGUACCAGGUCUUGAAGCAGAACCCUUUCUGGUGGACACACCAGCGGCAUGAUGGGAAGCUCUGGAACCUGAACAACUACCGUACAGACAUGAUCCAGGCCCUGGGUGGUGUGGAAGGCAUUCUGGAACACACACUCUUCAAGGGCACUUACUUCCCUACCUGGGAGGGGCUUUUCUGGGAGAAGGCCAGUGGUUUUGAGGAGUCUAUGAAGUGGAAGAAGCUAACCAAUGCUCAGCGAUCGGGAUUGAACCAGAUUCCCAAUCGUAGAUUCACCCUCUGGUGGUCCCCAACCAUCAACCGAGCCAAUGUAUAUGUAGGCUUUCAGGUGCAGCUGGACCUGACAGGUAUCUUUAUGCAUGGCAAGAUCCCCACACUGAAGAUCUCUCUCAUCCAGAUCUUCCGAGCUCACUUAUGGCAGAAGAUCCACGAGAGCAUUGUGAUGGACUUGUGUCAGGUAUUUGAUCAGGAACUGGAUGCACUAGAAAUUGAGACAGUACAAAAGGAGACAAUUCACCCCCGAAAGUCCUAUAAGAUGAAUUCUUCCUGUGCAGAUAUUCUGCUUUUUGCCUCCUAUAAGUGGAAUGUCUCCCGGCCCUCAUUGCUGGCAGACUCCAAGGAUGUGAUGGACAGUACCACCACUCAGAAGUAUUGGAUUGAUAUCCAGUUGCGCUGGGGGGACUAUGACUCCCAUGACAUUGAACGCUAUGCCCGGGCCAAGUUCCUGGACUACACCACAGACAACAUGAGUAUCUAUCCUUCACCCACUGGUGUGCUCAUUGCCAUUGACCUGGCCUAUAACCUGCAUAGUGCCUAUGGAAACUGGUUCCCAGGCAGCAAGCCUCUCAUACAGCAGGCCAUGGCCAAGAUCAUGAAGGCAAACCCUGCCUUGUAUGUGUUACGUGAACGGAUCCGCAAGGGGCUGCAGCUCUAUUCAUCUGAGCCCACUGAGCCCUAUCUGUCCUCUCAGAACUAUGGUGAGCUCUUCUCCAACCAAAUUAUCUGGUUUGUGGAUGACACUAAUGUCUACAGAGUGACUAUUCACAAGACCUUUGAAGGGAAUUUGACAACCAAACCUAUCAAUGGGGCCAUCUUCAUCUUCAAUCCACGCACAGGGCAGCUGUUCCUCAAGAUAAUCCACACAUCUGUGUGGGCUGGACAGAAGCGUCUGGGGCAGCUGGCUAAGUGGAAGACGGCUGAGGAGGUGGCUGCCCUGAUCCGAUCUCUGCCUGUGGAGGAGCAGCCCAAGCAGAUCAUUGUCACUAGGAAGGGCAUGCUGGACCCAUUGGAGGUGCACUUGCUGGACUUCCCCAAUAUUGUGAUCAAAGGAUCGGAGCUCCAGCUCCCUUUCCAGGCUUGUCUCAAGGUGGAAAAGUUUGGGGACCUCAUCCUUAAAGCCACUGAACCCCAGAUGGUUCUUUUUAAUCUCUAUGAUGACUGGCUCAAGACUAUCUCAUCUUAUACGGCUUUCUCCCGCCUCAUCUUGAUUCUGCGUGCCCUGCACGUGAACAAUGACCGGGCGAAGGUGAUCCUGAAGCCAGACAAGACGACCAUUACAGAGCCACACCAUAUCUGGCCCACUCUGACUGACGAGGAGUGGAUCAAGGUGGAAGUGCAGCUCAAAGAUCUGAUCUUGGCCGACUACGGCAAGAAAAACAAUGUGAACGUGGCAUCACUGACACAAUCGGAAAUUCGAGACAUCAUCCUGGGUAUGGAGAUCUCGGCACCAUCACAGCAGCGGCAGCAGAUAGCAGAGAUCGAGAAGCAGACCAAGGAACAGUCACAGCUGACAGCAACACAGACUCGUACUGUCAACAAGCAUGGUGAUGAGAUCAUUACUUCUACCACCAGCAACUAUGAGACGCAGACUUUCUCCUCUAAGACUGAAUGGCGGGUUAGGGCCAUCUCUGCUGCCAACCUUCACCUGAGGACCAAUCAUAUCUAUGUUUCAUCUGAUGACAUCAAGGAGACUGGUUACACCUAUAUCCUUCCCAAGAACGUGCUUAAGAAGUUCAUCUGCAUAUCUGACCUGCGGGCCCAAAUUGCAGGAUACCUGUAUGGGGUCAGCCCACCGGAUAACCCCCAGGUGAAGGAGAUCCGCUGCAUCGUGAUGGUACCGCAGUGGGGCACUCACCAAACCGUGCAUCUGCCUGGCCAGCUGCCCCAGCAUGAGUACCUCAAGGAAAUGGAACCCUUAGGAUGGAUCCACACUCAGCCCAAUGAGUCCCCCCAGCUGUCACCCCAGGAUGUCACCACCCAUGCUAAGAUCAUGGCUGACAACCCAUCUUGGGAUGGUGAGAAGACCAUUAUCAUCACCUGCAGCUUCACACCAGGCUCCUGCACACUGACAGCCUAUAAGCUGACCCCCAGUGGCUAUGAAUGGGGUCGCCAGAACACAGACAAGGGCAACAAUCCCAAGGGCUAUCUACCCUCGCAUUAUGAAAGGGUCCAGAUGCUGCUGUCAGACCGCUUCCUUGGCUUUUUUAUGGUCCCUGCCCAGUCCUCAUGGAACUACAACUUUAUGGGUGUGCGGCAUGAUCCCAACAUGAAGUAUGAGUUGCAGCUGGCAAACCCCAAAGAGUUCUACCACGAGGUGCACAGACCUUCCCACUUCCUCAACUUCGCUCUCCUGCAAGAGGGCGAGGUCUACUCCGCGGAUCGAGAGGACCUCUAUGCCUAGUUGUAUCCUCACCUCCCCCUGCUUCAGACGCUCCACAGGCUGGAGUCUUUUACCCCCAAAGACAAGCUGGUGACAUUCAGCAGCUUGGCCCCAUUUUCCUGUCUUUGUGCUUCUUGUGUUAUUGAUCUCUGGUGGCUUGUAGUCCUGAGUAAAGUGUAAUAAUAAAUUUUGUAUAAAUAGGA